CACGUUGCAGACGAGUUUUUGUAUCUUUGUCAGAUUUAGUGUUAAUUUUCGUGAAAAACCUCGACAAAACCCCGAAAAAUCGUAAAAUAACUGUUAUCCGAUGAUUAUAAAACUAACAUCUGCUCGUUUUUCGUUCAAUUUCUCACUAAAAUCGACAAAUUACGUUUCUUUCAACAUGGAUACCGACGCCGCUUCUCCAAGUGUCAAAACUGGCGCCAUCAAGAAAGUCUCGUCGAACACUGCGUCAACUUCAUCCUCAUCCGGAAGUUAUUUGAAGGUUUCCAAGAAGCCCUCGUCUCUUUCGAGUCCCAGCAUUUCGUACCAACACACGCGCUCGUCAACUUUGCGUAUGAAACACGUCACAGGUCGCGCUCCCGAAGUCGAAGUUAAGCAAUCUGAUGACGUUAAAGCCGUAAAGAAGACAAUUGUCAAGAAGAAAACUUCCAAGAAACCCAAAUCCGACAAAAUUGUGAUGACUUUGAAGUCAGCGGAUGACGUAAAAAAUCUUAUCGUUCAUGUCGCAUCGAAAAUUGAGGUUAAGCAGGACUCGGCAUCAGCAUCUGCAGCACAUCCGAAGGUCAUUACUUGUCCAAUUUGCUUGAGCGAUCCGCCAAUUGAGCCGACAACAACGAAAUGCGGGCACAUUUUCUGCCACGAAUGCCUUCACAAGGCCUUCGAGAACCACAAGAUGAACUGCGCAAUGUGCAACAAGAAAAUCGAGAUCAAAGACCUUCGUCGUGUCUAUAUUUAAUUCGAAAAUUUGUGACUUUAGCUUCCUUCGUCAAUCUUGAUAAACCUAAAAUUUAAUUCAAAAUGAUCAUUUUUUAUCAGAAUUGACCAAAAAUUUCGUAAAUCGUUCCUUAAACUAAAAUUUAUUGAUUAAAAGUAAGAAAAUUUAUUGAAAAAAUGUCUCAGUGAGCAACAAAAAAAGAAAAUAAAUGAAAUAAUAAGCACUUUUUAUGUGAAACA